UAUAAAAGCCUUCUACUUUCAUCAUUCUACACCAAUCAACAUAAUUUCUUCCUCACAGCAAGUCUUCGAGCAUCUCUACAAACAACAACAAAGCAUCAAGGCGCCAUGUUCUUCUGUUUCGACGACGGAUCUGGAACGAAAAAGGCUUCGACAAAUACACGUUCGGCUACCACCAUCUUGCCGAUGUUCUUUGCUUCGACUCUCUUCGUUUUCGUGCUGGUUGGACAGGUUAACAGUAAGGAGUGCAAUGGUCCUGUUGGAUUCUACGAUCACACUCUGAAGGAUUGUCAUGUCACGCUCGACAAAGAUUCCGUCGCUGUCGAAGCAGGAGACGUCUACAACCUUACAAGGUACACGAAUAAGUCGGGAUCCUGUGAUGUUGAAAUCAAGAAUGGAAGCAUUGUGCUCUACUACAAGAGGGAAAACGGAAAGAACAUAAAGGACGAGGGCUGCGUUGUGGAUCUGCUCACCAAGCUUCCGAAGAUGGUCAAGUUCAAGACUGGAGUGAGAAGUAAACCGGAUGACUGCCUAAAAAAUUGUUCAGGCCAUAUUUUUGAUGGUGCUAGUGCAAAUCUGUUACCUUCCAUUCGCCUACAGUUUAACAGAGAAGAAGAACGUCACGAAACUUAA